UUUCGUACCAUGAACAACCAAAUUGUACUGAUGAGUAGUUUUCAUUCAUGUCGUAUUGACUACGACGACAACAGCAGAGACUAGGACUCACUCCCAAGUUUAUAAGGUGAAAAAUCGCGCGCGAUUUGUGCAUUCUUUUUCGGUUUAAAUCUUUGUUUAAGUUUAUGUUUAGUAGGGAAAGUGGCAAAAAAGUUUUGCUUUCUGUGAUUUUGGUAAACACUAAACUGGAAGAAAGUGAUAAGCGUUUGACUCUGUUUGGAGAAAAGGUAACCUGCACUACGGAGAAGGGCGGUGCUGUGCAUGUCCCUGACGACGACCACGACGACGACGAUGAUGACGACGUCGUGUAGGAGUGGUGAAUCGCAGUGAAAAGUGGCAGUGUAUAGUCAGGUUUGACACAUAAAUAUAUGUAUGUACUCUUUAGAGCACGGAGAGACACAACCGAAACAACAAAUCUCGGCUGGUCGUGAAGAAAACAUAAUGUUUGUUUGUUAGUUUCCGUUGAUUUUUUGUACGUAUCGUAGUUUAUCGAGUGAGUUGAGUUACUUGUUCAUUGUUGAAGGGAAAUUUGGAAUUGUUAAAAAUAAAUAUUUCGAUUUCGAAGGAAGAGUGUAGUCUAGCAAAGAAAGCUAUUUCGAAAUAUCCAAAGUGAAGAUUGGUUGGUACAUACUAGCUUCUGCUUCUGUGUGACGUCCUACUAGAUGGAUUAGGAAAAUUUCAACCGAGAGGAAAGUUUCCUUGGUGAAUGAGAAAAGUUUAAACGGAAAAAGUGGAAGCAACUCAUGACAAAAGAAAAGUGAAAAUUUGAUGUAAUACACUCGGUUUUCCAUUUUUUUUUGUUUCACUGCUUUCGUAUGUUUGAGCAGUGAAGUGGUGGGCAAUCGUUUACGCGACGUGCUAGUGUGUUGGUGUGUACGUGCUGUUGGGUCGGAAAAGUUGGAAAAAGGAUCAUCAAAAGGAGCCGCUACGAUUCGACAUCGACACGCGCCCGUGUCUGUAGACGUGUGCCAAGUGUGCGACUCUCUCUUUCUCUGUGUGUGUUGGUGAAUCGAAUUUUCCGCGUUUGUCCUUUGUCGCCACUGCUCCAUUUAUCGUUCUCCUGUGUAUGUGAUGGUGAAAAAUUGUAAUUCAAUGACAGUCCCCCUCUAGUACAUAACAACGUCUCGGAAGGAGCGAGUCGUAAAAAACUACACUUGAAACGCACAUCGAAACCCACCAGGAUAUUAUCAAGUAGCCUUCGCCCAACUGUCGCCGUCAUUAGCCACCGAUCAUCGCCUGCUACGUUGAAAAUCGCGCAUUGACAGCUGAGCAAACCUUGCCCUGCCCUAACCCCUUCUUUUUACUCCAUAUCCUGUGUAAGGUUUCGCGAGUAAUUUCGCGCCUUUGCUUGUGUAUGAGUUUGAACUGCGAGAGACAGACAGCGAGAGAAGGCUAAACGAUCGCGUGCCACCAUAGCGACGACAACAACAACGACGUCGUCUCAUCUGUAACAGAUUCACCCUGCUACCGCAUUCCGCCCGAAACAAUCUGUUUGGAGGAAAAUUAUCUGCCGGAGGGACCGACUCGACUGACUAUCUGGCUGUCCAUCUGGUUGACUGACUGACUGACUGAUUUCCGGUCCGGGCAGUCGUUCUUCCAACCCAUAUCACUGCCUCCCACGCACCAAACCCCUCCUGGUCGGCGACCAGAAACGAACCGCAAAGCUCACAGGAAAACUCGGUCCACCUGGAUUGCGUUCAACAGUCGAGAUUCGAAGAGUCCUGUUUGCGCCGGAACAAUCCCCGCCUCUGUCAGCAGAACCAUCUCAACGGCAGCAUCAAUAAUCGCAGCAGAUUUUCCUCGUCGACAUCGUUGUCUUUAUCAUCAACAACAUCGUUGCCGUCCGCGGUGCCACCCGGAGCUUCUCCAAGUAACCAAGCUCCACUGAAGGGUGAACUAAUACCGGAAAAGUACCACCCACUGCGGGACGCAAAAACCUAUGCUGAAUUGCGCCGUAUUCUGGACCGCAAUGGAAAGUAUCUGAGGCGUGCGAAUAUCGCCGGCAUUGGUCAAGGUCAGUUCAACAGCUGGCAGCAAAACAGAACACUUACGCGUGACUACGAUGGGACUUAUUCCACCUGUUCUUCGUCCUCGUCAGGUGGCACCAUCAAUGGAACAGCAACGGUGCAGCAACGUGUUCGCAACCGUGAGCGACAGCUAGGUCAAGAACAAUGCGAUGAUACUGCAUUCAGUUAUGUUGGACAGUGUACUCAGGACGGUAGAGUGUCUGAAAGCGAUGACGGAAGAUUAAAACCUUUUAGGAAAUACGCUAAUUGUUACUAUAACGAAGGUAUUCAGUGGCAUUUGGACUACCUGGACGCGUGCACGCAACGUGCGGAAGAAGUGAAAAGGAGGUUCGUAGAGAAGAAGUUUUUCAGCACCAAUCGGCGGGAAUGGUUCCGUGAAAGUAGUUCAGUGUUCAAAGUACAGGAAUCGAGUACGGAAGUGUUUGACCAGUUAGUGUCCGAUAGAUUUUCUCGUCGUAAACCCAUCUUUCGGUCUAGUAUUAUGGACAGUUAUCCGUCGAAACUGUGCCACGAAAAAGCGGAAAAAUUGCAAAUUCUUGUCGAUAAUCUAUAUCAGUUAAAACUGGAAGCUGCAGAGUUGGAGAGCGAAGCAUUACCGAAAAUCAUACUGACGGACUGUUCUUCCAGCCCGCCGAACAAUUGUGAGAAUAGCGCAAGGGAUGAAGCCAAAUCAGUGCAAAACAAUAACCCGAGACCCAUCUCGCAAGACGAUCCUCUGAAACCUAGUGUUAAAAGUACCAACGAUAAUCAUCUUAAUAUAAGUAACAAUAACGGUUGUUAUUUGCAGCCUCAUUUUAACAAUCUUAAAGUGAACAACAGUCUCAGUAUUCCGACUACCAAACUGUACCAAAGUGAAGCAAGGCCUCCGUAAAUUUUUCGCUGUGCUUUUGACGGGUCUAGUAGUAUGAUAGUGAGCAGAUUUUUACGCCAUUACAACACUCAUCAUCGUGAUAGCUAUCAUCAAUGUCAUUAUCAUCAGCAGCAGCAGCAGUAGCAUCCCAGUAGCAAAAGCAGCAGAAACAAUCAACGGCCGGGCAGUCGCGUCGAAAAGUAGCCUCUACGCGUCCGUUGCUCACUGGCCUCUUUUGGCAAACCAUGGUUUCAAUUAUGGAUAUCGACCCCAAAAGACAAAUCUGUGAUAAUCGUGCAACACUGUCGCAAAGUGCUGUUAGUCAGAAAUCGAUCGAUCUGGAAAUUCCGAUUCCACUCAAGCCGCCAACGUCGACGACCUCGCCCACCUCACCACCGUCCGGCGCGUCGGGAACGGAGGGCACGCUGGACCCGACGACCGUCACCAGCACCGUGACGGAUACCGAGCUGGCCAAACGUGCGAUGAAACUGGACCUGAUCGAAUCCCAGGGCAGUUCCAGCACGAGCGCAGCCAGCGGUACGAGUGCUGCCAGUACCGCCACCACCACCACUACACAUUCCUCCAAUACGGUAAACUCGGCCGCCACCAUCAUGAUGAAGCACCGGAAGCUCAAGGAGCGCACAUUCAGCGACGAGCUGGGAUCGCCCAAGUCGCCGGCCGCAGUAAUAGGUCGGAAUGGUACCACACACCUGGUGGUACCACGCCAAACGUCGCUUACCUCUCAAUCAGAUGUCGUAGACGAUCGCAAGGCACUACGGGACGCGCUGUACCAGGGCAUCUUUCACCGGCACCGGCGGACAAUCUUCGCCGUCGGGAGCUUCCUCCGAAUGCUGAAGAGUCGCAACUCAUCCUACAAUACCAUUCGUAGCUCGUCCGAAGGUGAGGACGAUACGCGAUAAAGCCAACAACAACAACAACAACAACCGAACAAACACGAACAUAGUCCCGACGGUGAAACUGAUUAAAUAUCACGGUAAGAUCGGGACAACCACGGAAUAUUCAAUACAGGUAAACUUAUGAUCGAAGCGAGCCUGAUGGUGGACAUAAGGUUCACCGAAUACAUUAGACACGGAGACACUUGUUAUUGUGAGAGAGUAAGCUUAGAGAAUAGUAAUGAUAACGGAGAGGUGGUUUGUCUACACACAUUUGGGUACAUAUUAUAGCGCUAGAGAAGGAGGCAGCCAUGAGUAUGUAGGUGUUUUGUAAUGUUUAGCUGAUUAGUUGCGGGGAAGACACGCUGCAAUGAUUUAUAUGGUUAGGAUCCAGGAUCAAAUGGUAGGACCAGUUAGUAGAACGCGAAAGCAAACGAGUGGGCGUAUUAUAGUAUUUUUGCAACACGCAUAAGUAAUUCUCAAAUUCCGUUUCUGCUGAAAUUAUGAUCAAAUUGAUUAAUGUUAUCUGAUUAGCAUUUGGUUCGAAUUUCCAACAUAAUUUUUCUCCUCAAAUGCGACCAAUAUCAGGUCCCAUCUAGGCAACCAACCAAAAAUGACACGUAACUUCAAACGAAACAUACCUAGUUGAUUUAUUGGAAAUGAGAAGCCACGCAAAAAAGGAUGCAAAGAAGAAAAAACGUAGACAUCAAAUCCGGUGAACGAACCGUGAUCCGAAUUUAAAACAUGGAAGCAGAGAACGGGAGAUGAAAAGUUGCCUUUUAGCAUGCUAAAAUUUAUGUUUAUUUCCCUUCCAUUUCCGCUGAGGGCCGAGCACAAAUCGAUCCAAGCAGACGUAGAAAAUGAUGCACACAAAUUCCUCGCAGAGCACGGUGGGUGGUGCCGACGCCGACCGCUAUUUAUUGGCUGUCUUUUAACCAAUUGAGUUGAUUUUUUGUAUGUGAUUGGUGACAGCAAUGCAUGUAGUCACCUACAGAAAAUGAGUUCAAUUGGGUGGCGUAGAACCGAGAAACAGCAGUGGGUGGACGGCACCACCUAGGCUACCGUACUCCGCGGGGAACUGCUGUAUAUUGCAAGAUAUGGUGGCAGCCGCUGCGGUUGCUAUGAUUAUUUGACGACAGGCAAACUUGUUGAUUGUGGUUUUCAUUUUUUUUUUCUCCAUGCAGAUUCCAAGGGGCACGACAACAUAGAUGUAC